AUGGUUCUGGUUCAUAAUCAUCACGCAACCAAUGUAACGUAUAGUAUAUCACCUUGAUCAACUGUACAAGAAGUUGAUGACGCCGUUUUUCAUCUGUUUCGUACUUUCGUUAGUCGCGUCGAGCUGUUGUGUCGUUGUAACUUUUGUUUAAGUGACAUUAUUGGAAUAGUUUUUGUUAAAAAAAAAACAAAUAAAACUUACAUUAUGGAGUGUGAAUAUCAAAUCGAUUCGGGCAAAAGUGUUGCUGAACAGCAAAUUCGUACAUCAUUUUUGGAUCUAAAUGAUCAUUGUUUGUUGCAAGUGUGCAGUUAUUUGGAAUUAUGGGACAUGAUAAACCUUAGCCGUACAUGUAAACGAUUAGAGACAGUGUCUGCAUGGGCUGCCAUACAGUUUAGAUAUUUCAGUAUGGUAGACUAUGUUGACUACUAUACGAAAGGAGACGAUGAUUUAGUGAAACGUCGAUCAGACAUGGUCAGUGUUAUGCGAUUAAUUUCUCCGGUCAUUGAAAGAUUAGAUUUCGAUAGUAUUGCUGAUCGUGGCAAAGUGCUUUGCAUAUUUAAAAAAUUUGAUUUUUCAAAAUUGAAAUCAUUGGCCGUAUUCAAAUCGAAUCAGUUACAAUGGAUCAACAACAGGAAUAAUAUUAAAGAGUUGACAAUAUCUAAAUUGAAUCAAAGUGAUUUGAAUGAGUUCUUGCGCGACAUGACCGAAUUGAAACGAAUAAAAUUGGGUUCGGUAAGUGACGGCGAAAAUAUGGGAGAACUCUUUUCGUUUCUCGAAAAGAAUCCAAACAUUGAGUGUCUUCAAUUGUGUGACGAAUUGAAAUGUUCGAUUGGCGAAGAUUUUUUCGAAAAGUUUAAAAACCUCAAGAUAUUGGAAUUAACAUUGGGAAACAAUUACAGAGAUUUGGGGAUGGUGCUACAAGUAACAAAUCUAACUAAACUGACACUCACACUCGUCAGAUUUAAUAUUGUUGACGAUGGUGAAUUUGUGCGGGCUGUUGGUGCUGCUAACCACAUAAAAAUGUUUCUGAAGACACUGGUUCCAAGGAAAACUCUUAAAUCCCUUGACCUGAAAUGUAUGAAGUACGACGAUGAGCUCAUCGACAUUCUGGCAUCACUAAAUUUAGAUUCACUGCGCCUGAUCGAUCAGCAAAUCAGUUUUAACGAUUUUACUACGAAACUACAACGCCAUUCGUUCGCAACAUUGAGACAUUUAGACAUCAUCAAAGCACCAGUUGAUCCUGAAACUCUAUACCAUUUGAUCACCCAUUCAAUGUGCUUGGAACGAAUGUACCUGUCGUUGUUGGCGCCAUAUGAUCGUGAUACAUUUUUGGAAAAAUUAGGUCGAUUAUUGAUGAGCAUGAAGAACACCAAACGACCCGACCUUGUAAUAUAUUCAAUGGUUCCGUUAAUGAAGAUUGAGAUUUUCUUUAACAGACGCUACUACCAAAUUAAGACGAAAGUCGCAGAAGAGCACGUUGUGGGUAGUAGUAACUGGCUUCAAUAAUGGUCUUCAUUUAAUCUUAAUUUUGUGUUCUGAAUAAAAAAAAUUAACUUCGAAAAA